AUGACGGGAGACGGAGGCGUGGUCACGCCGCACAACGUGUUCGCCAAGCUGCCCUCAUACAACCCCUUCGUGGGCACGUUUCACCAUGCACCGAGCGCCGGCAACCGCGGCGCCGUCUACUUCUCGAGCGACAUCGUCGACAUGGCGGAGCUCGAGGAGCGCAAGAAGUUUCGCCACCACCCGCUGACGGGCAUCUUCCACUCGCUGCCGGGCUACUACGACCCGCUGCACAAGCUCGCCGCCUGUCGUCGCGUCAUGACGGCCGAUGGCAUCUACUCGGACACGGAGUCGCUGCGCUCGUUCGUGGCCAUGGACAUCACGGACAACGAGGACUUCGCCUCGCUCCAGCAGCCCAUGCAGAUGAACCGCAUGUACAGUGACUCGAGGUGUAUCCCCAACGCCGACCUCAUGCCGCGCCCCCGUCGCUUCAGUGACGGUGACGCCGAUCCCUUCUUCAACGGCAACAAGACUGGCUCGCCAAACAACAAGAAGGAUGGCUCGGUCGACUACCACGACGAGUCUACGGACAGUGACGUUGACGAAGACCUUGCUGCUCUCGAGCAGGCGCCACGCUCAGCGCCGCUGAACGUGCUUUCGGUCACGGACAAGUAUGACGUCCCCCCGCCUGUUGGUGCGCUGCCUCCUCGGCGUACUCCGUACAAGAAGGCGAGGAAGUCGUCUGGAACGUCGUCUACCAGUACGGAGAGCGAAGGAUCAUCGCCGCUGAGAUCGUUUGUUGCGCCGAGCUACGAGCGCGCUGAGCUGGGCAAGUCGGCGGGCUGCUCCGAGCUGACGGACGGUUUCAUUUCCACGGGCAAAGGCAUUUUCAGGAAGGUUGGUUUCCGUUCGUCACUGCACGAGCGACCGAGUGACAAGGAUAAGGUCAAGCUCACUUCCAUGAAACUGCGUCUCCAGCGCUCUAUGAGCGAGGGAGACUCGGACGACGACAUCAACAACGAGUACACCCAGGCGGCACCUCGAAUUCCUGCAAACCCAUUCGUUGCAAGGCGUUUGAAUGACGGUGAAGAGCUUCGUAUUAUGGCAAUCCACCGCACGGGAAGGCGCGACUCCGCGCACCACGUCAUCAAGAACGACCGCGGUGAUAGCGACAGCGAGGACGAGUACAACCACCCGAAACCGUAUUUUAUUCACGAGAAGGCAGUCACGGAGCAGUAUGAACUGGUUGGUGAGGACCAGCUGGGCGAUGGCUCGUACGCUGUGGUAAAACCCGCUAUUCGUCGCGUCAACGGAAAGGAAGUCGCCAUCAAGCAGAUCCACAAGCGUUUUCUGCGUGACGAAGCCGCCAAGAACGCCGUGAGCCGCGAAAUCGAGAUUCACCUGCGGUUGCGUCACAAGCACAUUGUGCGUCUGUAUGAAGUGUACGAGACCCCGGAUUUCUUGUACCUGGUCAUGGCGAAGGCGACAAAGGGCAAUCUGAAGUCUCUGAUGCAGCGGAAGCGUAUGCUGCCUGAGGCACUAGCCGGAAAGCUCUCCCAGCAAAUUGUUCGCGCUUCGAGUCUGGACCCUCACGCCGACGUCAAGGUCUGUGACUAUAACGUCGAGUUGUGCGACUUCGGUCUGUCAGUGAAGGUGCCGGAUGUUCGCUUCUUUAAGCUGACAGGUGACGUGCACAAGGUCCCGUUUACCGGAGUCACAGGCACCUCCGGGUACAUUGCGCCCGAGCUGCUGCAGCAGCAAUCUUACGGUAAACCGGUGGAUAUGUGGUCGGUGGGCAUCAUUAUUUUCGAGAUGUUGACGGGAUACCAGCCGUUCUACCCGCCGCAUGCAUGCAUCGAGGAAGACGCGGACUUCUCGGACCGUGUCUGGACGACGAUUAGCGCAGAUGCGAAGGACUUGGUGCAGCGUUUGCUGGAGCGCGAUCCGACAAAGCGACUAACUGCCGCUGAAGCACUAGCGCACUCGUGGUUCGAGUCGGCCAUGUUUGCCAUUUAGAUGCGCCAACUCGUCUGACUGCCACGAGAAGCGCUGCGAGGCAAGAUGACACGAGCAAUAAAAAAAAGAGUGAUACGUUUUGGGUAUAGUAGACGAUUGCCAAUUUUCAAUCCAAAGUUGAUGAAAUG